GCGCCUGGGCUGCUGACCGGGUACGGAGGAUUGGAUGGGGAACAUCAAAGGUGAUUAGGAUCAUGGCAGCGGAUGAUGAAAAUGGUGACAAAACGGAUUUAUUUGAUGUCCUUCUGGCUUCUCCUCUUAAGAAUAAUGAUGAAAGUUCAUUGGACAUUUAUGCUGGGCUGGAUAGUACUCUAACUGAUAAUUCUUCUAAACUCUGCCCACCAUCAAGGAAUUGCUUAGAUUUGUAUGAGGAGAUUUUGGCUGAAGAAGGAACUGCAAAGGAAGCAACGCAUAAUGACCUGCAGCUUGAGUUUGGAAAGUGUCAGAAGCAAGUUAAAGAGCUACUGAAGAAGUGUAAAGAAAUACAGACACAGAAUAUCACUCUUCAAAAUGAAAACCAGUCUCUUAAGAAGAAUAUUUCAGCACUUAUCAAAACUGCCAGGGUGGAAAUAAACCGCAAGGAUGAGGAAAUUAAUAGUCUCCACCAAAGACUUUCAGAAUUUCCACAUUUUCGAAAUAAUCAUUCAAGAAUCAACUCUUCAGGAUCAUCAAAUUCAAGGUCCUCAGAUACAUCAAAAACAAAAGAUCUCAAGUUCAGAUCUCCACGGUUAGAUGAUAGUCCUAAGACAGAUCAUAGAGUGAAAAAUGACUCUUCCAAAGAUGUACAUCAUAGCACUUUAUCACCAAACCAAGAAAAGGAAGUGAAAUCACACUGUGAAAAAAGAAGCACUUCACAUUUGCCUUCAUCUGUUGAAAAACGUUACAAUGGUGCCAUUUGGUCAAAUCAGCAUAAUCAGGUCACAGAGGAUAAUUUAGAUGAUGAUGGUAGAAGAGGAAGAAAAGAAUCAAAAAACUGUGAACAAUAUAACAGAGGAACUGAUAGAAUAAGAAAAGGCUUAUUUCACAGUAGCAGUGGAAAUGGAGAAAAGAGAAAUGCAGAUGUUGAUCGAAGGUCACAAGGUCCUCGUGAUAAAUGUGGUAAAGCUGAGCCAAAGCCAGAAAAUAAGAAUUCAAAGUUGAAAAGCAGCCCAGAUUCUGAUUAUAGAAGUGACUGGAUUAACUCUUCCUGGGAAAAAGAGUCCCCUAAAAGAAGAUCACACACUCGAGUAGAGUCUCAGAAUGAUGAAAGACUAGAAAGGCAAAGUGAAAGGUCACAAAAUAUAAAUAGAAAAGAACCUAGAUCAUAUGACAAAGAUGAUCGAAAAGUUGAUCCAAAAUCCAAAUUGAUAGUAAAGGAUCAUGAACAGUGGAGAAGAUUUGAAAGAGUACCCCCUCCCCAUUCAUGGAACGAAACGGCAAGAAGUUUUCAUAAAUCAGUUAAACCCCAUAUAGAGGAUAGAAGAGGAAGGGAACCAGAUUUUAAAAGAGACAGAAAUACAAAUGAUUACGGAUUUCAAGACCGAAGGUCUCCAUCUUCUAUUUCAAGCAGUAGGGGACACAAAUACUUUGACUCCAAGGAAGAUGAUACGAAAUACCAUACAUAUUCAAAAACAGAAAGACACAGAACCGAAGAUAAAAGGAAAAGAGAGAAAGAAAGCCAUGAAAACAGAUACACCCGAUGUGAAAAAAGAAUGUCCACAGAGCAUUUACAAAAGACUGAAAAAGAAAUUAAGAAAACUGUUGUUGAUUCUAAAAGAAGAAAUGAACAAAAUGACAAAAAUGAAGUCCCAAAGGUUGAAGAAACUUCUGAAGGAAAAGAUAGGAAAGAACUUAAGAAAGUUGAAAAUGGCCAGAGUGAAACAAAAAGUAAUCUAAAAUUAAGUUUUAUGGAAAAAUUAAAUUUAACUCUUUCUCCUGCUAAAAAACAGUUUCUGUGCCAGGAAGAUCAGAUUAAAAAAAAUAAUACCCCUAAAUCCAAUGACACACAUGCUUCUGAAACUUCAUUACAGCCAAAACCAGUGAAACCAGUGUCUGUGAAUACUGAUCAUAAAGAGGAAACCAAGUCAUGGUUACUAGAACAAAAUGUUAUAACAACAGGUUCCAAAUCCAAAGUAAUUUCUGAAAACAAAUUAAAGAAUGCAAAUGAUUCUUUAGUAAAAUCUGUUGGGGACAAUGUGCUUUGUGACUUGCCUAUUUCUAGUAAAGAAUCCCUACUUCAAUCACGAGUGGAAAUGCUAGAAACAAUUAAUGGCAAUUCAGCUCCUGUUUUAAUGGAUGUAGUUGUUCCUUGUAACUUUGGCUUGGAAUUGGAGAAUGUUAGCAAUGAUGAACUAGACUCCUCUGGUGUUCCUGAAAAUAUUAAUAGUAUUGUGUCAGAUCCUUCAGUGAAGGUGACUGAUGCUAGUGAGAACAGUCUAAAGCUUCCUCCUGGAAAACAUUCCAUUGUGCCAACAGUCAUAUCAAAGAAUGGUGACUCCAAAUCUGAGUCACCUGUUGAAGAAGCCAUGCCUCUUGUUGGGAAUAAUGCUGGUAGUGUGGAGCCAUGCUUACCCAAGCCAAAUUUAGAACCUUAUCUUCAAAUGGAUAUAAUGGACAGUAGAAUAGAAGUUGGAGAAAUAAAUUCAGAGUACCAUGAUGAUGAAAAUUCUGUUAUGAGCAUUGAUCUCAAUCACAUGAGACCUAUUCCAAAAGUCAUUAGUCCACUGAAUAGUCCAAUUCGUCCUGCAGCUAAAAUUCUAAGAAUGGAAAGCCCUGCGAAAGUUCCAAUGUUAAAAACCAACCAUAAAGAUUUGGUUCCAGCAAAUAUGGUUGACACUCCCUCUAAAAAUGUAUCAAAUGAACUCAACAAAGAAAAUCAGAAGCCAGUUUGCAAACCUGAUAAAUGUUCAGAAGUCAACCCCCAUACAGAUUUGUCUUCUGAUGAACUUGAAGAAGGAGAAAUUGUAAGUGACAGUGAAAGAUCUAAACCACAAAGAAAUUUUGAAAAUAAUAAAAACGCCAAAUCAAGAACUUCUACUGAAGUCCAGAGCACAAAUAAUAGUCCCCAAAUCAGAAAAACUAGCACUGCACAUUUGGAUGAAGGCACUGCAAAUAAAGUUUCUGUCAAGGUUCAUCAAAUCAAGAACAAAAAGGAUAAAAUAGCAAAUGAUUCUACUAAGUUUUCAAAGACAGAAAAAGCAAAAACAGUGAGUACUUCUUGCCUGGAAAAGAUAGUUCAGAUUAUUGUUGAACCAUCUUCUGUUCAAGAAGUUAUGCAAAUGCUAAAAGUUAUAAGAAAACAUGUUAGGAAAAAUUAUAUGAAGUUUAAGAUAAAGUUUUCACUACAGCAAUUUCAACGGAUCAUUGAAUCUGCAAUUUUGAAUUUUACAUCACUGAUCAAGUACUUGAAUUUGUCUAAAAUCUCUAAGUCAGUGGAUACUUUACAACAGAGUCUCUGUGAUAUUAUAGAAUCUAAGCUUAGGCAGGUUAAAAAGAAUGGCAUUGUUAAUCGUUUAUUUGAACAGCAGUUGCCAGAUAUGAAAAAGAAGUUGUGGAAGUUUGUAGAAGAACAACUUGACUAUUUGUUUUCAAAACUGAAGAAGAUUUUAGUAAAGUUCUGUGAUUCUAUAAGUUUGGGAAGUGACAGUGAUGAAGGAAAGCUUGACAUAGUAAAUAAAGAUAAAUCAAAAUGCUCAAUUAAUCAGAGAGAGAAUGUAGACCAUUCUAAUCAAGGAUCUUUAAAAGUCAAAUCCCAAAAGACAGAGCAGUCAGUCAACCAUAGAGCAAUGUUGGGAUGUCAGAAACCUGAAAAAAAACAUUACCAAGAUCAAAAAAUCUCCAAACUUAAUCCAAUGAAGCCAAGUCCUGAAAAAUGUUUAAAUACCUUGAUAGACAAUACAAAGGAUUCUCCAUCCAAAGUAUCACCUAUAGAACAAAACGAAUUUCAGAAUUCCCUAAUUUCCACAAGUGUUACUGAAAAUACAAUAGAAGGCACAGAGACAGCCAAAAAUGUACAUAAGAAAGUAGAACAUAGUUUUGAAAUUCUUACAGAGCAGCAGGCAUCUAGCCUGACUUUUAAUUUAGUGAGUGAUGCCCAGAUGGGUGAAAUAUUCAAAAGUUUAUUGCAAGGUUCUGAUCUUUUGGAUCAGAGUGUUACCUGUAUUGAAAAGUGUCAAUGGGAAUUGAAGACACCAGAAAAACAUCCUUCAGAGAGUCAGAAAAGUGAACUUAUCCCAACUUGUCAUAUUGAAGAAGUUUCAGGAGUAUCUUCUCCAAGUCUUAAAACAAUUGUUGAUCUUAAUUGGUCAUCCUCAUCAUUUGAAAAGACUCCAUCUCUUUCAUCCAGACUUCAGUUGCCAGUUCAUCCUGAUGUGCUAGAUGAAAGUUGUAUGUUUGAGGUUUCUACUUGUGUAGCUUUGAGUAAAGAGAAUGCAUGCAAUUCUGAAAAGAGUAAGUCCUGCAUUUCUUCGAUUCUUCUCGAAGAUUUAGCUGUUUCUCUAACUGUCCCUUCACCUCUGAAGUCAGAUGGUCAUCUUAGUUUUCUAAAGCCUGAAACGUCAUCUAGUUCAACUCCUGAAGAAGUUAUUAGUGCCCAUUUUAGCGAAGAUGCACUACUUGAGGAAGAAGAUGCCACAGAACAAGAUAUCCAUUUAGCUUUGGAGUCUGAUAAUUCAAGCAGUAGAUCAAGCUGUUCAUCGUCAUGGACAAGCAGGCCUGUUGCUCCUGGCUUUCAGUAUCAUCCUAACUUACCAAUGCAAGCUGUCAUAAUGGAGAAAUCCAACGAUCAUUUCAUUGUUAAAAUUCGACAUGCAGUGCCAUCUUCCUCAUCAAGUCCUGACCAAAGUAAAGCAAAUGAACAGUCUGGAGUGUCUUUCUUAGAAGGGGAAAAAGAAACUAAUGGAACUGUAGAAGAAGGUAUCUCUUGUCAAAAGUCCACAAUUCCAUCUGUGGAAGAAUCAGGAAAUUCCAAGAGAAAUGUAAAUGCUGAUAGUUUGACUAAUGAGGAACAGAGUUCUAUUGUACAAACACAAGCUCCUGAUAUAUAUGAGUUACUUAAAGACCCAUCAGAUAAAAUAGAUCAUAAAAGUGAAAUUAUAGGUGAAUGUUUAGAAUUGAAUCAAAUGUGGGAACCAAAAGUUCCUGAAAAUAUCAAAGAAUUUCCUACAAUUGUGGAAGUUCCACAGCAUGAAGAAUGUAAUAUUGAGUGCUCAUACAUAGACUUAACAAAAUCUUCUUCCAUUGAAAUGGAAAACUUUGAGAAAUUUGAAGCAGACUCUAUUUUAAAUACUGAUCAGUUAGAAUGUCCAGCAGACAGAUUGGGUAACAAUAGUAUUAUAGAUGAACCUCUAAAGCCUGUUUCUAAAAAUAUAUUCAUUGAUUUGACAGAAGAAACUUCAAAUGAUAGUAAAGUAAAUGAUAGUGAGUCUGUUUUGCCUGUGACAAGUUUAGAAGAACAUAAUGGUAAAAGUGAGAAGGAACAUCUAACCAAUGAGCCUUUGGUAUGUGUUGCUGAGAGCACAUGUAUUGAUAUGACAGUAGAUCCUCCCAGGGAGAGUAUAGUAAAUAAAGAUAUCAUUAUGUUAGAAUCUACAUUCAAUUGUGAUAGUUUAGACUGUAAUGGAGUUUCAGUGAACUUGCAGAAAAAACGAAAGAACUUUUCUGAUCUAAAUUAUUCCACUAAAAAAAAACAAAGGACCGAAACUGAAUCAUCCAAUGGAGAAAGGAAGAAUAUUGAAAGUUCUGAAGAGAGUGAGGCAGCUCACCAGAAGACAUUGAAUAAAAAAAAAGCAACUUCAGAAAAUCAAGAUGCCUCAUCAUCAACCUUUCCUUCUCCUACAAGCCUUUCAGCAAAGAAUGUUAUUAAAAAAAAGGGAGAAGUUGUAAUCUCAUGGACAAGAGAUAAUGAUAGGGAAAUUCUGUUGGAGUGUCAAAAAAGAGGACCAUCAGCAAAAACUUUUACUUUCUUAGCUACCAAGUUGAAUAAAAGCCCGAAUCAGGUUUCAGAAAGAUUCCAGCAAUUAAUGAAGCUCUUUGAAAAGUCAAAAUGCAGAUAAUUUGCUGAAUUCCUUGGAGUCACAAUUGAUAUUUUAUACCACAUGGAAGUUCAAAAUCCUCACAUUUUAAAUAAAUCUACUGAUAAGUCUUUGAACUUUAAAAAAAUGUAGGCUUUAAUUCCUCUGGGGCAUUUUUUUUCACUCAUUGACUGAUUCAGUUUGAUUUUUUUUUUUAAGUUACUUCAUUGGCAAAUAAACUUGAUGUAAAUUAGUCUGUUUUUUUUCAUGGUUGUAGCAGAACAAUUUACCUGUUUUUGUGGCAUAGUUAUUUUCUAACAUGUUAAGAUGCCUAUGUCUUUCUGUAUAAAAAUUUAAGCAGCAUCACUUUGUAUAAAAAACUUGCCUUUGAUUUUUCAAAAUAACAACACACCCAUAACUCUAGCCUACCACCCCCAGUUUCAUGGGGUUUGGUUUUUAACUUAAUAUGUUUAUAGUUUUCAUAUAAUUUUUUUCCUGCUUCUACUUAUGUCGCCUCUUACUUUGGUAAAUUGUAAAAACACUUUAAAAUGUGUUUGUAAAUAUGUAUAAAUACAUGUAUGAAUGUUUAAAAAUCCUUGUUUUGUGAG